UCCUCCUCCUCCUCUGACGCCGAGCUCCGUUAGCAAUGUCUCCGAGAGCAGGACCCGCGCUGAGGGGUUCGAGGAGUCGCCGGUCACGAUGAGAUAAGAUGGAGGGCGACGCGCCGGGUUCGUCUGUGGCCGAGGACGACGAGUGCUCGCGCGGUCCAGAGGUUUCGUGUCUGAUGAGAGUCGGAAGAAACCACGACUGGCUCCGGCUGCUCGAAGACACCGAGGUGUCCAUUGGACGAGGUGUGGACGUCACCUAUCAGCUGCUGUCCCCCACCUGUCCCCUCAUGAUCUCCAGGCUGCACUGCACCUUCAAACAGAGGGAGGAUGGACAGUGGACAGUCACCGACAAGAAGAGUCUCAACGGUGUUUGGGUGAAUGGAAACCGCAUCCAUGCCGAAAAAGCCCAUCAGCUCCGGCUCGGAGACUCCAUACGACUCGGGGUCCCAGUGAGCGGAACCAAGGUGGAGUUCGACUACAUCCUCGUGCAGCGGCCGCUCAAAGACGUUAAACCUUGCCUCGCAAAGGGACAAAGAGAGGGCGCUAAGGCAGCCCACGUUUCCAAGAAGCCCAAGAGGAAGUUGCCUGUGGAAGAAGUCGAGCCGUCUACCUCAAAGCCGAAACUCUACCGCCUCUCUUCUUCCGACAAGUCUUUCGCCAAGCCCUGCCCUUUGUCCCCGGUGAAACACCAGCCGGAGCUCAGUCCCAGCGAACCAGAGACAACUGGGCCCAUCGGACAAGGCCAGGAAGUGGAGCAGCCCUCCAAUGGCUGCAGCGAUCUCGGUGACCUGGACAACCUGCAGAUGUACAACCAGAACAUUCUGCUGCUUAGGGAGCAGGUGGACGACACCCAGAGACAGUUAGCGUCUCUGGAGGGACGACCACAGCAGGCCGACCCUCUCGGAGGGGAGCAGGUCAGCGAGCUGCAGGGUCAGCUGGAGACGCUCAGAGCCAAAAUAUAUCGGAUGGAGACGUUGGAGAAAUCCUUCAGCAAAACACAGAGGCAGCAAGAGGCCGCGAAAACGCAACAACAAGACGAGCUUUUGAAAAAACAGCUGGAAGAGGCCCUGCAAGAGCAAAAGAAAGUAAUACAUGAACUUGCCCACUCUCGGAAAGGCUUCGAAGAGAUUAUUUUGGCCAAAAACAAAGAGCUGGAGGUGACAAAGGAAGAGAAAGAAAAAGUCACACAAGUGACAGAAGUUCUGGAGAACGAGCUUCAGUGCAUCAUCUGCUCCGAGCUCUUCAUAGAGGCAGUCAUCCUGAAUUGCGCUCACAGCUUCUGCUGUCACUGCAUCAAGCAGUGGCGCAAGAAGAAAGACGAGUGUCCCAUGUGCCGACAGGCCAUCCAGUCUCAGACCCGCUGUCUGGCGCUGGACAACUGCAUCGACGGCAUGGUGGAAAACCUGAGCCUGGACAUGAAGGCGAGACGCCAGACGCUCAUCACAGAGAGGACAGCAGCUGACUCUGCCGUGGUGAUGGUGAUCCACGACGACGAUAGCAGCAGGAGCAGCGAAAGCGACGACAAUAGCUGGAGCCUUCAUAGCAGCGGCAGCCUCAACUUGGAGGACUUGUGUUCUCUGUCCAGUGGUUACUCUGAUGGAAGCGUUGAUGAGUUUGAGGAUUAGCCCGGUUCUCCUCCGGGCUGUGAUGUGAACCGGAUUUCUUUGUGUUCCCGGGACAUUUAAAGUAUUACGCAAAGGUUGGUCUUGUAAUGAGUCCAGUAACCAGACUAAACUGAGGUUUCUUGAUUUUAUUUUGGUGAAAUUAUCAUUUGUCUUUUAGUCUAUAUUUUCAACAAAAGGAAUAAAGUUUCUGCCUAUGCA